CUUCCGUAUGCCUAACAUAGUUGUAAAUUUCUGGACUCAGGAGAUUAAAAGUUUGAUUUGAAUGGGCUAAAUAUUAAAAAUGAACCCACAUCACAUUCUCAAAGAAGGAUACUUAUUAGUUCAAAACUCCAACAGGAAAUGGAAGGCACGUUGGUUUGUACUGAGUGAAGAUGAGUUGUCCUGUCAGCACAAGAAAAACAAGUCUAUCACCAUCAACUCUCUCCCUCUACAAGGAGCAUCAGUCAUCUCUCCAUGUCCACACAUUCAGGAUUACAAUACUCAGGGUCUGUUGAAGCUUCACCUCCCUGAUGGGGAAGAGCUGUACUUCCAGGCAGGCGGAGUAGAGGAUAGGGAUCGCUGGGCCCAUGCUUUGGGGGCUGUCAUCCGCUCACUUAGUACAUCUAAAGAGAUAAUUCAUGACAAAAUGGCAUUUCAAGAUUUUCAUACCUUUGCGAAUGUUAGUGAAAUUAUUGGAGCCAUCCAAGAUCCAGAUGCAGGCAUUGAAUCAGCCAAUCACUUGCGAGGAGGAGUUGUCUUCAAAAAUUGUUUUACAGGGAAGGCAAUAGUUGAUUGGCUUCUGCGUUGGUCACUUGUGAGAAACCGUGGCAACGGAUCAGCUAUGGGCCAAGCUUUGUUGAAGUUGGGUCAUGUCCAAGAGGUGGAUCUAAAGGAUGGAACUAGUGGCAUCAGUCCCAGGUUUAAUGAUAAUGACAAGCUCUACAGAUUUACAUCCAUCAACUUGGGGGCCAAGCGCAACAGUUUUUAUGACAGUACAGACAGUGAUUCAAGCUCCUCAGAAGAUGAAGAUGAUGAUGUUGACAAAGAGGAGCAAAAGAUGAAGAAAGGAAAAGCUCUGAAAGAUGCUUUUCUUGCAAAGAAGAAACAUAUCAGGAAAGGCUGGAGAGUGAUGAAGGUCAUUGUGAGGGAGUCUCCGCCUUCUCUACAGUAUUACAGGGCCAAGUAUGCUGCAAUAACUACAGAGGAAAAAUUCCCCACAAAAACCUUUCUCUUGGACUCGUGUAAAGUAAUGGAGAUCAUCAAACCACCCAGUUCUAAAGGCAGCAGCAGUACAAGCAGUGGAACCAGUCAGGGCACCAUGUGCCCUCGCUUUCGACUAGUCAUCCGCAGUAAGAAAGGCAAGACCUUGACAUUCCAGAUGAAAGACGAACAAGAGAAAGUGGAAUGGUUGGGGGUCCUCUCUGACCUCUGCAGCAAGACAGGGGGAGGGGACGUCUGCAGCAAGAUAGGGGGAGGGGACGUCUGCAGCAAGAUAGGGGGAGGGGACGUCUGCAGCAAGAUAGGGGGAGGGGACGUCUGCAGCAAGACAGGGGGAGGGGACGUCUGCAGCAAGACUGGGGGAGGGGACGUCUGCAGCAAGACAGGGGGAGGGGACGUCUGCAGCAAGACUGGGGGAGGGGACGUCUGCAGCAAGACAGGGGGAGGGGACGUCUGCAGCAAGACAGGGGGAGGGGAUGCCGCAGGAGCAAGCACCUGA